GUUGGACGCGUUCAAGACUUUUGAACGUAGAAAUUGCUAUUUUACUACCAAUUAUGAGGUUUCUUUGAUUAUGUUUUAGGAUGGUAAGGUUUAAGAAGAGGUAUAUUUUGGCCGAAAUCUCCUUUAGAGAUGGUCUAAUAGACGAGUCUCUCUCCAAAUACGCUAUACAAGAUGCCAUUAAAGAAACAGUUAAGAAAGUUCAUGGUGAUUAUGGCCUUGCAUGUAUACUGAUGUCAUUAAGAUUGAAGUACCUUAAUCCAUUUACGAAUGUGGUGUUCAUUGCCUGUAGUCGGGAUCACUACAAGUUGCUUCAAAGUUCACUUACUUUCAUUARAAGUCUGAAAGACAGAGCCUGUGUUUUUAAAACACUACACAUUGGAGGUACUAUCAGAUCAUGUCAGAGAUUCUUAGUACAGCACAAUAAAGUCCAGCUUCACCACAUGCUUGAUCAGUGCAAGACACCAGCUGAGAGAGAAAAGGUUUCAACAGUCAUCGAUAAAGCCACUACUGAAGCAACUGCUCUUGAUCCAGUAUGUACAUGGAAAAGGCGAACAAAAGCUUUAACAAAAGUGCACAAAAAAGAUGAUACAGAUGACAGUGAUAGCAGUGCAGACUAAACCCUUAGUAUAAUAAUUAUGUACAAUAAUAUGUAAAAUAUAAUAUGUACAAGAACCAUAUAUAUUUGAGCAAAUAUCAGAUAAUAUAUCAUUCCUACAAAUAUUCCAAGUUCAAGGAUAGAAGACUGGCCCUUCUUUCAUGAUAGAAGUAGAAUAGACCAUUUUCUUUACUUUACCAUUGUAAUUUGUGAAUAUUUAGACACUGAUACAAGGCUAAGUAAGCCUGAGUAAACAAGUUCAUAAUCAAGGAACACAGAGGUAAUUGGAAUUCGAAACUGCUAUUGCCUGGCCUAGCCAUAGCAAAUUCAUUUUUGCGCCCUUUGCAUUAUGGAAACAUGGAAGCAUGGCUGCCAUAGCCGUGCUCGCUUCUCACCGGUGUGAACUGGGAAUAGAGUUGCUUGUAAGUUCUCUCCUAUGCUUCAUGAAAUUUCUCUGUGUUGUCCAAUGUUUCUCCCUCCAUAAAWAUCAAUUUCAAAAUUCUGAUUAAAUGAUGGAAACUAGGGCCGCAAGUUUGUUAGCCACCAAUCUUGUACCCAGAACCUAUAUAUCUAACUGCGCAUGCUCGACUAAAUAAAAUAGGCAGGCUAUUUAUUUCGUCAAGCAUUCACAGUUAGAAAUGAAGGCUCUGGGAACACGAUUGGUUAGCCUCUGGCUAUAGUGUAAUGC